AUGAGGGCCUGGAACCUCCUCCUCCUGGUGGCCCUCCUGGCUCUGGGAAGCCAGCUGCCGGCUGUCUCAGGCAGGAGGAAGGGAGAGAGACAUGGGGGAUGUCCACCGGACGAUGGGCCCUGCCCUCAAUCGGUGCCUGACCAGUGUGUGGACGACAGCCAGUGUCCCGCCAAGAUGAAGUGCUGCCACAAAAGCUGCUUCCGCCAGUGUGUCCGCAGGGUCACAGUGAAGCAGGGCACCUGCCCCGAGGACCGACUGCGCUGCCUGAGCCCCAUCCAGCACCUGUGCCACAAGGACGCAGACUGCAGGGGCAGCAGCCGGUGCUGCCUCAGUGCCUGCGGCCGGGACUGCCGGAAUCCGGUCAGAGGCUAA